GUAUUGUUGUUUAUGGUACCAGAACUAAAGUACAACCCAAAAGUAGACCAUCUGUAAACAGUGGCCUUAUGUUGAUACUAGAUUGCACCAUUUGUCAGCGAGAACAGUGCACUUUGUGCAUCAUGGAUCAAACACAGUGAGGGUAAAGGAGUUUAAGGGAGUUCAAAAGUUAGAAUUGCUCAUUGUUUCUCUAGUACAGCAUUUGCUAUGAACGGAGUUCGUGUUACCAAACUGCAGCUUCUGAGACUGUACCUACUAUUGCUAUUUGUGGGCGUGGUCUCCGGGCAGUCGUGUGAGUACCUUCCUUUUGUUGAUGGUUGUUCCCACUCUCCAAACUUCAUCAAGAAGUUCAUGGCAAAAGCCUGUGUUCGUCACGAUCUUUGUUAUGGAUGUGGAAUCAAGUUUGGAUUUUCGCGAUCUUUUUGUGACGAUACUUUUCACUUAGACACCGUUAGCAUUUGUGAUUUUAAAGCUCCCUUGUUCAACUCUCUUUGCAAAUCCCUCGCCAGUUUUAUGUCCUUUAGUGUCCGUUUGCUGGGGGAGAAAAGAUACAAAUGGGUUUACCCUGAGCCGUGGUGCGAUUUACCGGAAGUUAGGCACUGCUUGCCCCCAUUCCCACUAAAGAUUGAUUAAACACUUAUAUUAUACAA